AUGCCUUCAACUCGGGAAACGCUCCAGCACGUCCUCACUCGGAAGGCCUCUCAGUUACUCCCGCCAACUACCGACAACAUCUACUCCAUCUGGAACGAAGCUCUUGACAGGUAUCAAGCCACCUUUCAAAUUGAUCUACGAGAUACCAGCACUCCUCUGGGGAAGAGGCUAGCCGGUUGUGUGUCGAGGGACAAUAUCCUAGAUGCACUGCACACGACGCUUAGAGAAUUCAAGGAGAGGCGGAAAGGUGCAGUGCCGAUGCAUGCCUUCAGGGAGGCGUUGAAACCGGUGGUAUUUGGGCUGGGCGUGUUUCUCGAUGCAGGAGCAGAAGCGGCAUCCUCGGUCGUUCCGGGUGGCAAGGCUAUCUUCGUCGCUGUUGGAGUAAUGCUUCGGGCGGCGGAACGAGCGACUGCGUGUUUCGAUGAUGUGUUGAAACUAUUCAAGCAGCUCAAGGCUUAUAUCGAUCGAUUGAAUGUACGGAUGCAAGCUCGAUUGGGGCGCGAGGCCAGGGCACUAGCAGUCGAUGCUUUGGUCAAGAUGUUACAGGCGCUCAUGCUCGCCACGAGAAUGUUGAAAGAGGGUCGUCUAGGACGAUUCGUAAGAGCGCUUUUCAAGAAGACGGACGACGUGCGUGAUAUCAUCGGAGACUUGGAAGACAUCAUGGUCGAGGAGGAGCGAUUAUCUGUUGCGGAGACUGUCGUCGGCAUGCACAAGUUAUCGCUGUGCUUGCAUGACGUGGUUUCUACAGCUGCUAGGGUGGAGUCGGGUGUCAACGAACUUCGAGAUCACCUAAGUAACGGCCCGGUUCAAGAAUCGGUCCACCAGCAACUGGAGCAGAUACAGAAGUCGCUACGGGACGCGGGCGAUCAUAUCGAUACCGUGCAACAAUCGCACCCAGCAGUCUCGCUACAGCUGACACUCACCCUCCCGAACAUGAACGCUACUUCUUUACAAGAGGCAAUACACCACCUCAUCUCCCUAUUAUCAGCAGCCGACACGGAAGAUCGCGUUUUCCUGGGUCAAGCUAUGGCAGCGCUAUAUACUUGGGCAGCACACACGGUGAUCUCUGAUCCUAGACACAACGCGGAGGUGGUCCUCGCCACCUUAUACGACCCAAUACAAGUCUUCGUGACCUUCGUACCCAUGGCUGUCACGAUGCUCUCGGUGUUCGCUAUUUGGAAAUGCAUCUUUCGACCUCUUGGAGCUGCCGGUGGAAGUGUGGUUCUUGUCGAUGCGCUGGGGAGAGCAUUUGUUCUUGACAGCGAUACGUUCCUUUCAUGGCAGAGCAUGCAUGCGUUUAUACUUGAGAGCUUUCGCGGGCAACAAGGCUUGCGAUACGUCGAGAACCGCAGCUACAUGCUUUCCGACGUGGAGCAAUCUCGAGUCCUUCGCCGUGAAUCGUGGUCCCAAUUAGCCCUGCGGAUUCCGACGGGCUCGCGUCAUGAACCACUACGCCAUGUAGACGCACCUUUCGUGCAUUCGGCUAUGCCGACGUCGAAUCAGGGACUGGAACUUCGGAUUCGAUCCUGGAUCUCGAUCCGUCAAAAGGGAAGAACCCUUUGCGCCCGGUGCUCGAUGACGCCGGCAGUGGCCCAGCCGCGCGGUCAAACUCAUCUGCUCUUGAUACCAGAUCGGAAGAAGCGAGGGCACCGCGAUAUAGCAGUCCGGCGGCAGACGAAGUACUAG